AUGGCCGACGAAAAUCCGCGUGGCGGCGAUGACUCCGCGCAACCCGACGAGCGGGUGCCUCUCCUCGCUGCCGGUGCUGCUCCAGAUGCGCCAGACACAGAGGCGGUCCCGCGCGACGAUGUGCCUUUCCACAUCGCCUCACGGCUCUACCUGUCCCACUUCCUCUCCACCUGGAACUCGCGCGUCUUCGAGUUCGGUGCUGUCAUCUACUUGGCCGCCGUCUACCCCGGCACCCUGCUGCCCAUGUCGGUAUACGCGCUGACGCGGGGCCUGUCCGCCAUCCUGUUUGCGCCCGCCGUCGGCCAGUACAUCGACGCCGGCGACCGGCUCCAGGUCGUACGAGUAUCAAUCGUCUUCCAGAGGCUCGUCGUCGCCGUGUCCUGUGCUGUCUUCUAUGUCAUGGCCGUGCAGACCGGGCUCGACGGCCGGACCAAGACCGGCAUGUUGGUGCUCCUGUCGUUGCUGGCCUGCGUUGAGAAGCUCUGCUCCAUCAUGAACCUCGUGUCAGUGGAGAGAGACUGGGUUGUCAUAGUCGCCGGAGAUGACCUGGGGGCUCUCAGUUCGCUGAACGCGCGCAUGAGGCGCCUCGAUCUGCUUUGCAAGCUUCUCGGACCGCUGCUCAUCGCCCUGAUCGACGGCUUCUCCACCAAAGUGGCCAUUGCCGUCAACUUCGCUAUGAACGUCGCAUCCGUCCCCGUCGAAUAUUGGGCUAUCGCCCGUGUCUACUACGAGGUGCCCGCCCUGCGCGCCCCCAAGGGACAACAUCUACAAGUCCACGCUGGGCCGAGCACCGCCCGGCCUGGUGGAAGCGGGCACCGGGUCCUGGCGAGAGUUAUGUCGGCGCUGAAACGGUCUCAGAAGGACUUUCGGUUGUAUUUUCGUCACCGUGCAUUCUUGCCUUCCUUCGCCGGCUCCCUCCUCUACCUCACCGUCCUGAGCUUCGCUGGCCAAAUGGUUACGUACCUGCUAUCGACGGGCUACACUAGCACCCAGAUUGGUGUUACUCGGACGGGUAGCGUCGUCUUCGAGGUGCUCGCCACCUGGGUGGCGCCCUGGUUGAUCGGCCUGAUCGGCCCGGUGAGGGCAGGCCUAUGGCUAAGUAGCAUACAGGUCAGCAUGCUCGUCGCCGGGCUAAUAGUGUUCUGGGCGUAUGACGGAAUCGACCCUUUCGUCUCCGCUAGCGGGCUCGUGGGCGGCACAAUCCUCAGCCGCCUCGGCCUUCGCGGCUUCGAUCUCUGCACGCAGAUCAUCGUCCAAGAGGAUGUCGAAGCCGAAAACCGCGGUGCGUUCUCUUCGGUCGAGGCGGCCUGGCAGAACGCCUUCGAGCUCGUAGGCUACGGCUCGACAAUCGUAUUCUUUCGCCCGUCGCAGUUCAAGUGGCCGUCCCUGAUUUCUAUAGUUGCCGUCGGCACCGCGAGUCUGUCGUACACCUCCUUCGUCUAUAAGCGACGCGGCCACCUGCUGCACCUCGAGAAGGUUGCCGCGCUUUGCUCGAGCAGGGAGGAGAGGCGUCAGAACGCCGAGAGGAGCCUCGAGCGCGUCCUGUCAGAGGGAGAAAUCUGA